CGCGGUUCUUCUUCACCCACCUGUCCAUUGGCUAUUUAUUAUCUCUAAACGAUGCCUCCAACUACAUUCACUCUGUUUACUGAAGACACGUUGCAAGAUUGGGUGGUGUUUGACGGACACCACGACAGCUAUGCACAUGCCCGGCGUUCAGACCAUCUUGCAUACUUGCUACGAACCCGUUUGUCAAUGCUGGCGCUAAACUCUGUUCAUGAUGCUGCUGACAAUGACGAUGACGAUGCGACCAUAGCGCCUGUGGGGGAUACGCUUUUUUCAGGCAUGCGUGGCCAGGGAGGACAUAUCAGCGUCAUUGCGACCAUUGAUUACUCAUUGUCACGGAAAACGCUUAUUACCGGUCUUGGGAAGGUAUUCCAAGCGCAGCAGAGGAGCAAGCGGAAUGGGUGGAAGUUUAUCGGUGCAGAUGGCGAAAAGUACAAGUGGAAUGUGGUGGUGCCAAGAAGGCACUGGGAGCUCCACAACGGCCGGGGCGACAUCGUGGCGACGUUUGACAGCAGCAUGUUUUGGAAGAGGGAGCCCGGGUACUUGGCCAUCCAUGCCAAUGUCGACGAGACGCUUCAGUCGCUUGUCCUUGUGUCGUGGGGACUGACAGCCAAGACGAUCGGCUGAGCAGGCGAACCGCUGGCCAAGCACAGCAGUAAUCGCAUAUCAGAUUACACGAUCACCGAUUGCGCGGGUUUGUGUCUAUAGUUUUUGCUGACUGUCAGGCAGCUGUGCUCGCCUGCCUGGGGCC